AUGGAGAAGGACACGGGGACCACACACAGGAGGCACCGGCCCGGCCCCAGGGCCCUGCCCUCAGGAGUGGCCCUUGGGCACCUCAAGGCAGCCAGUGAGGCCUCUGAACUUCAGCGAAGCAGGAGUCUGGGAGGCCUGCAGCCCAAGGGGGACCCUCCCAGCCGCCCUAGGAAGCCUCGCAAGGAGCUGGAGUCCGAAGAUCAAGGGAAAGACCCAAGCAGUAACACGGAAGAUGCUAGCUGUCAGGAAAACCUAGCACAAGACAAGAAGGAAAGCGUUGGCACCUUUGGGAAGCUGGGUCAUGAGCAUGGAAAACGAGACCCAGAGAGGGAGAAGAGCGACUCAGAGGCGAGCACACGAACGGAGGCGCAGGAGGCCAAGGAACAGGAGGCAGAAUCCAUAAAGCUAAAUGACCUUCAGGAAAAAGAGAAAGCAUCUGUGUUUGUGGAGAUUGACCUGGGAGACCACGCUGAGGAGGUGGUCACCGAUGCCAAGAAGGAAGAGAAGCCGUCCCAGAUGGACGUGGGAGAUCUGUCAGAAGACGAGAUACAGACCAGCUGGGUGUGCUGCAUCCCGUACUCCACCAGGAAGAGGGUGAAGGAGAGCGCCGCGCCUAGCGCCCCGGAGAGGGUGCUCAGAGCUUGGCGAAGAAGAGGAAGGAGGCGGGAUCCCGCCAGCCCUGAGCAACGCCGGGGCACCGAUGACCAUACCAGGUGUGAGCCGUGCCUGAAACCCACUGCCCACUGGAUAUUCCUCCUCUCCACCAGCUGGAGGGCUCCAGCCCCUUCCUGCCCUGGCCUCUUGCUCAGUGGCUUGUUGGGUGGGGACAGAGGCCCCUGGGGCACAGCAGGGGAGGCUCAGCCCUCUGUGGGCCUCGUGUGA